CUUCCAGCUGCCCACGGGGAAUCAACCUUCGACCUUGUGCUGUCAGGCACCGUGCGAAGCUCUGCUACUGUGCACAGUUUUGAAAUCUUUGCUGAAGUCGCUCGAAUCCUGAAGCCUGGAGGGAGAUUUUACUUCACAGAGCCCAUAUGUAUAUCAGGUAACUCCAAAUUGAAGACUGGCUCACAGCUCACCUCCAGCCUAAAGCUUGCAGGCUUUACAGAGAUCACUGAGAUACAGUCUGACCCGUUAACAGAUGAAGAGCUGAAUUCUAUAAAACAAUUUGUUGACUACAAGGGUAAUGAUUUGACUAAGGUGAUGUUGAGGGCGAAGAAGCCAGACUUUGAAAUUGGGUCAUCUGCUCGACUGAAACUGUCGUUUGUCUCGAAAUCGAAAGCGGUGGAUGAGAAACCGCAGCUGGACCCCAACACGAAGAAAGCUUGGACCCUGUCAGCCAUUGAUAUGAAUGACGACGAUGUGGAUCUUAUUGAUUCUGAUGAACUGCUGGAUGAAGAUGAUUUGAAGAAACCGGAUCCCGCCUCGCUGAGAGCUAUGGACUGUGGAGACGGCAAGAAAAAGAAACGGGCCUGUAAGAACUGUACAUGUGGCCUGGCUGAAGAACUGGACGGGAAAGGAUCCACAGAUGUUAAGAAACUGCAGGUGAAAUCAUCGUGUGGAAGUUGCUACCUUGGUGAUGCGUUUCGUUGUGCCAGCUGCCCUUACAUGGGGAUGCCUGCCUUCAAACCUGGUGAAAAGAUCUUGUUAGCUGACCAGACUCUCACCGACGCCUGACUUGCCUCGAGUGGGAUUUGAUGUGUUGUGAUGCAAUGUGUUUCACAGGCAUUGCAAUCUUGAGAUAGAUGUUCUGUCUGAACUGAACUCCAGGCUCUUUGUUCUUCUGUUUCCAGCAGAGUGAUUGAACUCUGCCUUGAACUGGGUACAUUCAGAUGGAUUUGGCAGUCCCAUUCUGACCAACAUGAGGUUUAUUUGUAAUCUGUGUGAAGUGUUUCCUGACAUCAGAGGAAUAAAUGUGACAUGUUUCACUGUUCUCUCACUGGAGCUGUGUAAAUUGAAUGAUUUUGGUGCUGAUUUAUUUUUCUCUGUAUACUCUGCUAUUAAAUGAGUGUCACCUUC